AUGACCAAGGGUACUACCUCGUUUGGUAAACGCCACAACAAGACUCACACGUUGUGCCGUCGCUGUGGCCGUUCAUCGUACCACAUUCAGAAGCAUACCUGUUCUUCAUGCGGGUUCCCAGCUGCCCGUAAGCGCACUUUCCAAUGGUCCGUCAAGUCGAUUCGUCGUCGCACCACCGGAACUGGCCGCACACGUCAUUUGAAAGAUGUUCAUCGCAGAUUCAGGUAAGAGUUUGAUUUUUUAUGGGUAUUUUAGGAGGUAUUGGCAAACGCUGAUGUUAAUAAAGGGAAAAAAGAAGUUUUUUGAGAAGUUGUUGCGGUUAGGUAGUGAGUUGUUGCGUAUAGGUUCUUUAGAGUCAGUAUAUUGUGUUGAAGGUUAUUAGUUUUGUUUAGGGUAUAAUUUUUUGACAUUUUAGGAGCAAUUGAUAUUGUUUUAGGUGAAACUAAUGUUUUCUGAUAUAGUUGUUAAAGUUCUUUUUAAGGAAGGAUAAGAAUGUUAAAAUUGGAAGCUGUAGCGAUUGUAAAAGGCAUGUUGAGUAUAAAAAUCGUUAGUUUUUCUACAGUUUGGUGCAAAGUUGCUGGUAAUAUAGAUAUAAUUGACCUUUUAUGUUAAUACAGCGACGUUAUUAGUGAAAAUACUUAAUGAGCGCUGUUUUAGAUACUAUUAUAUAUUAAUUAACUUUUUUUGACUGUAUAAUUAGUGUUGUUUUCCUGUAACUUUCUAAAUGUUACUAUUUUCAGAAAUGGAUUCAGAGAAGGUACCGUUGCCACCAAACAAGGAGCCUCAUCUUAA